AUGAUGAGAACUGGGGAUGAGUUCCAUAAGGAACCCUGCUAUUUUUUGUUCUUUUGGUUGGGGGAACUCAUUCACGAGACAUGUAAGGGCAAUGGUGAAUUUGGACAAGUUAUGGAUGCGAUAUAUGGGGCGUUAAAUCCGUCCUUUGCUGAUCAGAAAUGUGAAGUAAUAUACAAAAAUAGCAGGAAAUACGAAUUUGAAAAGAGAAAAAACCUCUUCGACUACUACUACAAUUAUAAAGAAAUAAAGAAGAAUUUGGACCAGGACGAUGGCUACGCUUGUAAAAGGAAAUAUUCCAAAUACUUGGAAGGAAUUUCCGAACACUAUAAUAGUAUGAAUCAAUAUUGCGCAACUAAUACUAAGGAUCAGUUUUGCACAAAAAUUAAAGACGUACUUGAGGGUGAUGGCAAAAGUCCUGAGCAAUUGAAAAGGCAAUGCUCGUCCUUGUAUGAUGAAAGAAUUCCCCCAGGAAAUGAGGGGGAACAAUGUUUAAAGGAAUUACCUUCACGGGACAUGUACAAUGAAUUUAAGAAGGCAAAUUGUUAUGACCAAAAUAAGAUAUACUUCAGCCUGAAGAAGCCUAAGUUGGAGGCAUAUUUCAUUACCGCGGGCAUUGAGGAUUAUCUAAACCAAAUUGUAGAAGCGUGGUGUUCUUUAACAAUAGGGUACAGCGGCAGGACAGUGGACACCAAGCGUUGCAGUUUUUUAUACCACUUUAUAGGAAGUCUAUUACCUAAAAAUUCCGACAUCGGCCAAAGAUUUUCAGCCCAUAUGGAAAAAAUUUACGACGACUUGAGUAUAAAUGGUUCGCCGAAAAAUUGUUCCAUUGAUUACUACAGUAAUGGCACCAACAUUCCAUUCCCUCAUCGAAAAACCAUCUUCGACUAUUGGCACAACUAUGAAAAACUGAAAACACUAAUAGGGACUAGUGGGCAAUCCGAAUGCGGUCAAAAAUAUAAAAUAUACUUAGACGCAGCUGAUUCAGCUUAUAAUGAUAUAAGGGGAAGGUGUGAUAGCACCACCCCAACUAAGGAUGUUUUCUGUACAGAAUUUAAUAAAAAAUUCACUACUGGUAGUGGUAGAACUAGCAUUCCAGCACCAUCAGUUUUGCUAGCUGAAGUGCAGCAGAAACUGAAACCGUCUGCCGGGGACGACUUCGACUUAGGAGACGCCGUCGUAGAUUGUAGUUCUUCCGGUUCCGGUUCUACUGGAACCUGGAACCCAGGUUCUUCUGGUACCGGAUCCACUGGAACGUGCAAUCCUGGUUCUUCUGGUUCCGGUAGUACUGGACACCAGUCUCCUGGAUCGUCUGGCCCAGGUAGUACAGGAACCUGGAAACCAGGUUCUUCUGGACCAGGUAGUACGGGAACCUGGAACCCAGGUUCUUCUGGUACCGGUUCCACGGGAAACCAGAACACUGGUAGUCCAAGACCCGGUACUACAGUUUCCGAAGCUGGUGGAAGUGCUGUUAUACCUGCUGCUGUGUCUGGUGGACUUGCAGCAGUAGGAUUACCAACAAUUGCUGCUUUCCUUUUUUACAAGUAUAAACCCUUCUUCUUGAGGAAGCAUAACCAUACUGAAUGCAAUGUGAAUGAUUUACCUUCACAAAAAAUAUAUAACAAAUUCAAGAAUGGUGGCAAACAUCAUCAAUAUAAAGAUAGCAGUUGUAAGGUAACAGAAGAAAUUGGGGAUAUUUUAUGGGAUAAAAUGAAGCCGAAUUACAAGGGCACAGUUAAACCGGAACAGGUUACAGGAGCUUGGUAUCUGACAUCUAAGUUGGAUACAAAGAAAGAACAACAAUCAUGUAAAGUAGUUUGUGACUUCUUCUACUUCUGGUUAGGGAAUUUAUUAUCUGGCAAAUUGAGUGGAUGGGAUACCUCACUUCAGGAGGUUAUGAAACAAAUCACCGAGAAAUUGGAUGGGUUUAACGAAGUGUGUGUGGAAAGCAAUGCACUUCAAUAUUUGGAGGAAAAUUUUAACCCCCAAAGAAAAGCUAUAUUCGAUUAUUAUUACGAUUAUAAAACGAUAUGGAGGAAAUUGAAGAAUUGCGGAUCCGGUGAGUCCUUGUGCUUUGAGAAGUAUAAGGAUUAUCUAGUUGGAUCUAAUGGAAAUGGCGGAGCUAAACAAGCUUAUGGAAGAGUGCAAGCAAAUUGUGCAAUUAGUAAUGAUAAGUUCUGCACAGAAUUCUGGAAGAAGAAGUUCCAGCCGAAUGAUGGCAACAACACUAUCCCCAGACCAUCAGACUUGAAGUCUAAAGCAACGUCUGAACAGGACCCUCCAUCAGACGGAACGGACGAAGUAAAUCUCCUUUCCUGUUUGGAAGAGUUGUCUGCAGCAACCACAGCAGUUGUUGCAUCAUCAGAAACAACGUCAUCACUUCAAUCAUCACCAUCAUCACGACAGGAGAAUGGUAGUGGUGUUGCCCCAAUCGUCUCCUCCGCAGUUGGCACACUAAUUGGAAUACCAGCGGCUAUCUUCUUUUUAUAUAAGUACAAGCUGCUACCUUCUUGGCUCCAUAACCAUUUUGGGAAUAGCAGUAAAAAUAGCGCAGGAAGAAAAAGGAGGAGAUCAACUACACAUAACAUUGAUACGCUGACGGAGUAUAAUUCAACAGAGUACUCAGCUGAUUAUUCAACAACAACAGAAUCAACAUUCGAUUCAACAGAAUAUUCAAUUCCAUAUACAUCAUCAUCAUCAUCAUCCAGAUGA